CCAGGCUUGACGUUCUCCGCCAUGUCCAACACGCACAAAGGCGACGACCCUCGCGAUGCCUCAUUAGAGACGCCUUUCAGGCUGCCUCAUACAUGGUAUUCUGAGAACGGUGACUUGUUCGGCCAGGCUGGCGUCAUGCUUUCUGGCUUGAUUGCCGUCACGCGCAACCCCUACCUCGGCUGGCCUAUCGCUUUGCUCAGCUUGAACCAGUACCUUAACAGCCACCCAAUGCGCACGAAGGAGGGCUCAAGCGGCUUGUCGAACGUUGUCCUGUGUGCCUGCGCCGUCAUUGCGUCUUACGUCCCCAUGUUCAUGCUGCAAAAGGCCCCACAGACGCAGGCUGCUUAAUACAAGACUGCGCGCUCCCCAUAAUGAAAAGCCCGAGUGUGUCGGUGUUGCCUCCGGAAUUCCUGAACAAAGUCCAGCAAGUCGUCAAGCAUCUACUCGUCGUCGCUAGUCACGAGCACCUUC